GACGUACAGGAAAGUGGUCCAAUCGAGUGUUGGGACGCUGCUGUACGUUCUGUUAACAGAAGAACUGUUGGUGCUGGGAGUUCAUUGUUGUCAGCAGUGAUUCACCGCAAGUCUCCAAACACAGGUUUGCCCAGUCCAUUCACCGUAGGGUGUGCUGCUGUCGGAGUCGUCAGGAUGGACGAGGAGGCCAGGAAAUUCCUGGCCAGAUUUGUGGAGGAUUACCCUCCUACUCUGGACGAAGACAGCGUGCUGCCUCUCAACCCACUGAGUCGCACAGUUUCCCUGGAGGAGCUGUAUGGAGAGAGUCUGGAGAUGGGCAUGCGGAUGCUGGGGAACAGAUUAGCUCCUUCAGUUCUCGGUGCCCUCCUGUGUCAGACAGCAGUGUCCCAGCUGCUGCAAAGUGACCUUACACCUUUCUACUGCUCACAGGAAGCUGGCGCCGACCAGGAAGAAGAGGAAAAAGCAGUGUUACUUGAGACGGUGCCAGUCCAGCGUUUCUUCCUCAACAAACUGUUUGCUCUAGCUUUGGAAUGGCAUCAGAAGUCCUUUCAGCCUCCCUCGCCUCCUCCAAAGCUCCGCCUCUGCUCCAUUCAUGCCAUCAGGAACACACGGAGGAAGAUGGAGGACAAACACUUGGCACUACCCGAGUUCAACCAGCUCUUUAAUAUCCAGGACGGAGUGGACCGCGCCUACUACGCUGUGUUUGACGGACACGGAGGCGUGGACGCUGCCAACUAUGCCGUCACCCACCUCCAUGUCGCCCUGAGUAAACAGGAAACGCUGCAGAGCGACGCAGCUGCGGCCUUAAAGUCUGCCUUCAAACACACAGACGACAUGUUCAGAGUCAAAGCUAAGAGAGAGCGUCUGCGGACCGGAACUACAGGAGUAGUCGUGCUGAUCCAGGGUCAAGAGCUGACUGUGUCCUGGCUCGGAGACUCUCAGGCAAUGAUGGUCAGGAAGGGACAAGUCGUAACAAUCAUGGAGCCCCAUAAACCAGACAGAGAGGAUGAGAAACAAAGAAUUGAGGAUCUCGGAGGAUGCGUCACCUUCAAGGGUUGCUGGCGCGUUAACGGCACAUACGCAGUGUCGAGGGCGAUAGGUGACUUUGACCAGAAACCUUACGUGUCUGGAGACGCCGACUGUGCGACCGUUCAGCUGUUGGGAGACGAGGACUACGUUUUACUGGCGUGCGACGGCUUCUUUGACUCAGUCGAACCUUCAGAGGUCCCUGAUCUGGUCCUAGAGGGGCUCCGGGAGCCUGACGACCCAGAGGAAGGCGAAGAAAAUUCUCUGCAACGGUCUGUGGAGUUGAAAGGACUGCGAGUCGCUCAACAUUUGGUAGGAGUCGCUAAAGAAGCAGGCUCCAGCGACAACAUAACCGUGAUGGUGGUUUUCCUGCGUCCACCGGAGCAGCUGCUGUUGUCUCAAAACACAACCGCAGGAGCAGCGUACACUACUGGGGAGGACUCCACCUCCCAAGAUGCACCACAGCAGUGAUGGAGGACAUCAAACCUGCCGCUCACACAGACACCAUUCUGCCAAACUGCUGUCAGACUCCUAAGAGAUGAGAGCAGCCAUACUGCCUGUGUGAGUGAACAACUGAUCCAACACCAGUUUUAUGUUCGUUGAAUAUGUUACACACACUCACACACACCUUAAUAACCCCGCCCCCUGCUCUCCCAAUUUAUUUUAUUUUUUCAAAGCAAUUUAUUCCAUGUACUUUUUUUAUGGACAUUAACAUAUUGUUAAAAAACAUGUCAGUAUUUAAUUUUGACGUUGGUCUGUUUUUAAUAAACUUAUUCGUGUAUCUUA